GGGAGCUGCUUCCUCAUGUCGAAGCAGGGGCAGUACCACGACACGGAGGGCCACAUCGAGGGCCCCAAAGACCCGGGGUGUCUGCGGGUACAGCCCUCGGGCCCCUACGCAGGCGAGUAUGAGGUGCGCUACCAUGGCCAGAUGCGAAGCGCAAACAUGAUCGUGCACUGCAACAGCUCCGUCAGCCAGCCUGGUGUCUUGACAGACUUUCAGAAGUACGAUCCCCGGAAUUUGAACUUCCACAUCGCGGACACGCCAGCGACCCAGUGCCUGCGCAAAAUGCCCCGGUCCACAGUGUUCAUCUUCAACACGCAGGACCCCAGCAAGUUCGAGUGCUUGCAGCAAGACGGGAUGACGAAGCUGCUCGGCAGCCGCUACUACGCCUCUGGUCAGCUCUUCGGAGACGUGGAGUACCAUCUGAUCAAGACUUUCAGUUGCGCCUACGAGGUGCUCAACGGGACCAACGAGACGGUCCUGACGGAGACGAUCAACGAGAUCGCCAGCGACGACGACGAGGUGGGCGACGAGGAGGCCGAGGAUCUCGAGGCCCCGGAAGGUCAGGGCGAGGCCGAGGCGUUCACGGCAGAGGAUGCCUCGGAGGGCACUGCCGAGCCGGCCGCGGCGGCCGAGAGCAGCGAGGACGACGAGGACGACAAGGGCGACGAGGGCGACGAGUACGACAAGGGCGUCGAGGACGACGAGGACGAUGAAGGCGACGAGGGCGACGAGGACGACAAAGGCCUGCGUGCCGGGCCCAUGAGGUGGGCGCUGGCGUGGCUGGUCGCCGCCAGCGCCGCGCACGCGGCCGGCUGGCGCGGCGGCGGCUCCACCAGCCUGCAGGUGAGGCUGAAUCGCACCUACUCCGCGCUGCCGCGCGGCAGGGGCGGCCUGCCCGGGGCCAGCGCCGUGCGCUACUUGGCGCGCCGCUACCUGAGGGCGGAGCACGGCUGGGUGGCGAAGGGGCUCGACCUGGCACCGCUGGGCGGCCGGGGGAACGCCAGCGCGCUCGCUGCAAGGCGGGCGUCUGCCGUGCUGAGGAUCCCUGCUGGGCUCCCUGAGGAGGGGCGCAGCGCCUUGCGUGCUGGGCUUGCAGAGGCAUCCGAGCAGGGCUUUACCCUGGAGGCGGCAGCGGGUUUCGUGGGGGCCCUCGAGCAGGUCCUGGUGGACGCCUCCAUCUCCACUCUGCGGCGCGCCAUCAAGAUAGCGGCAGGCUUGCAGGUCCCGGGCAGCAUGCUGCAGGGCGCGCUGUGGAUCUAUGGCGGGCUGAUCAAAGGCGGCUGGGAGCUGGAGUCUCAGAUCAUACGCGCCAAAGAUAAGGAUACGAUGCAUGAGCGAUUCACUAAGAGCAUGCGGGCCUGGGACCGGGAGUUCCAAGACAUGUUGGAAAGGAGUGUGGUGAAGGUGGUGAAGCAUGUCUCUGGUAAGCCUGGCUCCAUGUACGAAAAGGCGUUGAAAGGCGCCCGGCUUCUGCAGAUGCAGAUCGCACACUUCACGGCCAAGCAGUGCAGCGUGUUCCGCUCCACGCUCUCGAAGCAGGACACGCGGGGCACCGGCCAGGUGCGUCUGGCCGGCGCCUGGGGAACGACCGUGCACACGUGGGCCGUGCACGAGACGCCCGAGUACCUGCGCAGCCUAGGCGCCCUCGCCGAGAGGGGGGCCUACGGCGGAGGCCCAGGCCUCCUCAUCCCGAACUACGUCUCCUCCAUGAGCAGUUGCACGGAGCCCGCGCCCCGCCAUGUCCUGGUCUGCUGCCCCGACGAGUGCGAGGAGGAGGUGCUGCCCAGGAUCGAGGCCCGCGCCCACGGCCCCCGCGCCUCCCCCGGGAGCGUGUGGGCGGCGGUGCGGCCGCUGCUGAAGGGCUCGCCCGCGGCGGCAAGAGAGGCCCUCCGCUCCGAGCUGCGGGCCCUGGACCAGGGGCCGAACGGCACGGGCGUCGCCGUGCACGGGCGGCCCCUGGGGCGCUGGCUGCACAGGGCAUUCCCGGAUAGGUGCAGGAUGCCUCUGGCCACGAGGCCCCUCGUGGUGGACCCCGCCCUGCUGCCCUCCGCCGCGCAUGCGGCGGGCAGGUUCGUGGCCGUCGGCGCCGACGAUGUGAAGGGGAUCAAGAGCCACCUGGAGGCGCGGUGGGGCACCGACAGGACGGGAGGAAACCCCGCCUCCUUCGCCUGGCGGAGCCACUGGACCUUGCAAGAGGAGUUCGUGCUGCUCAGCGGGCUCCUCAGGGCGAGGAGGAAGCUGAGGGACCCCGACGACGACGACAACGACGACGAAGGCCCGCAGGUGGCCGAGGCGCUCGAGGACGCCCUGAACGUGCGAGUCCUGGCCGCCACCGCCGAGACGGGCUCCGUGGAGCACAACCUAGCGUACCACCUGCUUGCCGCGGUGGCGGCAGUGGGCGGAUCCCCUGUGUUCUCUCUCAGCCUGCGCGUGAUGCUGCGCAUCCUGAGUGCCAUCGUGAAUGCCGUGCUGCUGCCUGUGGUCGCCGGGCUCUGCUGGAUACUCUCGUCGAUCUAUCGGCGGACCGCCGCCGCCAUCGCAGCCACCCUGUCGGCCUUGGCGGCCACGUGGGAGGCAUUGCGAAGGCUGGGCACCGCAGCCGCGAGCCUCCUGCGCCGCCCUGACUCCGCGAAGACAGACCCGAAGCCACGCGAGGCCAGGCAGGGGCUCUCCUCCAAGGCGCCGCGGGACGCCACGCAACAGCAGCCGCAGCCGCAGCCCAGGAAGCCCCCAGCGCCAGCGCCGGCGCAGCCGGAGCAGCCCGCGAGGCAGCUGCCGCAGGAGCCCGCGGCACCGCAGCCGCAGGACCCUGGAGGCGUAGCCUCGGGCGCAGACGAGGAGGUUCCGCUGCCCUCCCAGCAGGCGGGCGCGGAGGCGCCGCAGACCCGCCUGGAGCCCGCCGCCGCCUCGGCGCCGCCGGCCUCGGAGCCGGCCUCGGAGCCGGAGGCGAGGGCAAACCCGUCGGCGAAGAGGUCGUCCUGGGCCGACAUGUACGACAACGAGAACGAGCCCCCGUGCCCGGCGAUGUGGGCGGCCACGGAGCCCGCAGAGCCGCCCGAGCGGCCCCGAGGUUUGCAGCUGGUGAGCGCGCUCGUGAGGGGAGAGCCAUCAGCCCGGAGGUGGCAAAAGCCAAAGGCGAAGCCGGUGCCCUCGCCAGCGCCGGCCCACGCGCCGCCAGCUGGAGCGCCGCUGACAGGAGCCCGCGCACAUUUCGCGCCGCCCACGCCGCCGCCGAGCAAGCCACCCAGCCGGGGCAUCGGCCUCGUCAAGGGCCUCUUGGGGAGUAGGCCCCAGCAGGACACUGAGCCGCACAGCGGGCUGGUGCAUGCUGCAGCCCCGGUGGCCCCACCCACAGCCCCUCCGAGCGACGCGCCGCAGCUGCGAGCGCUGUCUCCUCGGUUUGCCACGAGUGCGCUGCGAUGGCGACCACAGAACUCUUUCGGCUACAUCGUGGGCGAGAAGUCCGCCAACGGCGAGCAAACGGCGGCACAGGAGCCCUGGGUGGCCGCAGGCACUGUCGAAGCCCCAGCUCCGGCGGCGGCGCACGGCGUUUCCAAAGGACGGUGGCCUGAUGGCAGUCGCGUCCUGCCGAGUCCGCCUUUGGGCCCAGCUCCAGCGGCGCCGGCUUGGGAUCGCAAGGAGGCCGAUGGCAACGGCGAAGCAGGCCGAGGAGUAGGCAGCGUUGGUGGAUCCAGGAGGGCUGAACAAGGCAGCGCCGCGCCGAAGCAGGCGGCCAUCACUGAGGCGAGGGCCGCGAGUGGCGACUCUCUACAGGACGCGUCCCACCCUCUAGGCGCCUGGUUCCGGCGGCGCGUAUUCGAGCUGAGAGUGAUGGUGCCCAUGGGCCCUAUGGAGCUGCUAGGGGUGCUAGAGUCACUUACAGACGACCAGCUGGCGCCGCCCUAUGCCGAGGCCAAGAUGUGGCUAGGGCUCGACGAGAGUGAGCCACUGCCGGCGGCGCUCGAGACGCUAGUGGCCGAGUUCUUGGCGCGGCGCGGGGAGGGCAGCCCGACGGCUUCCGCCGGCGCCGCCGCGGGAGUCGACGCAGGACGCGCCGGCGCUCCUGCGGCCAUCGGCCGCACAGGCGCCGCCUCCGAGGGCUCGCCCGCGGAGCAGCAGCAGUCGGAUGAGGAGCUGGCCGGGGCGCUGCAGCCUCGCGUCAUGGAGUGGCGCGGCCGCUGCAGGCAGGUAGUCCAGCGCCCCGCGGGUCCCAACGACCUCACCGCUCCGCCUGCCGCCGUUGGCGCUGGCGGGGCGGCAAACACGCAGGCAGACGACCACACGCCAGCGGGCGACCUGGAGUCCCGCCACACGGUGGCGGCUGAGAGGGGCGAGCUCCCUGGGCUCCCGUGGUGGGACGCUCUGGACCUAGCAGGCGCACUCCGCGAGCCAGUGCCGACCUGGACGGCUGUCCCUGACAGCCUCACGGCAGCCGCGGGCGACUUGCUGGCAGCCGCACUCAAGGCGGUCGCUGCGCAGCCAGCCCGGGGGGGCGCUUGGACGCGACUGCUGCUUUUGCCGCGCCUGCUCUUUGCCAUCCCUCCCGGGGGUGAUGACGAACAGGAGGCCGCGUCUGCCACGAAGGUUCUUACCGCGAGGAUCCGGCAGGCGUGGGCGGGCGACUGGGCCGGCCUCUGGGCGGCGACGGCGCGCCCUGGCGACGGCGACGGAGGCGGCCGACGCCCGCCAGACCUGGCGGCGCAGGCCCGCCGGGUGCACGAGCUGCUGAUGCUUGGGGAGGUGUCCCGGGCCGCCGCGGCCGCCGGGGGCCCUGGGAAACUGGCCACUGGGGCCGGCGCGGGCUCCCAGCUCACCGCGCUCUUCCCUCCGGCAGGCAAGGCGGCGCUCGUGGAGGUGCUGGGCUGUCUCCUGCGCGGCGAGGCGCCCGCGUCGGCAGCGCAGGCGCUGUUGGGCGGCCGCCUGAUCCCGCUUCAGAAGCCACAGGGCGGGGUGCGGCCCCUCGCCUGCGGGGAGACGCUGCGCCGCAUGGCGGCGAAGGCGGCGACGACGCAGCACAAGGAGAUCAUCGCCCAGGCGGUGGGUCCGCGCCAGUACGGCGUUGGGCGGCGCAACGGCGUCGAGCUGAUGCACAAGGUGGUGGCCGGCGCCGUGGAGGCAUCACCACAGAGGGCGGUUUUGUCGCUGGACGUGGCAAACGCCUUCAACGAGGUGGACCGGGACGUCGUCACCCGCGAGGUCACGAGCAGGCUCCCGCCCCUCGCGCGCCUCGCAGCCGCGUGGUACGGAGGGAACACCACGCACGGCGCGCACCUCUCUGGCGCUGUCACCGCGGCCUGGGGUAUCGUGGAGAGCACCCUCGGCAACGCGACCGAGUGUGCGGUCGCGUACGGCUUGGUCGGCUCGCUGAAGUGGGGACAGCGGUUCGACAUCCAGUGGCGCGGUGGCGAGAGCCUGCAAGCUCGCGUCGCCGUCGCGCCGUGCACGCCGACCGACUAUCAGGAAGUGACGAGUCUAGCUCCGAGCGAGAAAGCCGAGGAGGACGGGAGGUUGUGGUAUAUGGCGACGCCCGACGGAGACGUCUACCCUCACGAGCUGACGGUCCAGGCGCUGCGCAUCAUCGUGCCAUACGACAUGAGGGAUCGGAGGCAGCUGCUCAACAGAGAAGGGGCCAACCCGGUGGGCGUCGGCACGUACGGCAGGGACUGGGUCAUGAGCCCCGCGGCCUUCGCGUUGCAGUUGCGGUUCGUCUUGGGGCAAUCGCUCGACGAGGUGCUGGAGACGGCGGUGGUGUCGGCUGGAGCCCCCGAGGAGCCCGAGGCGGAGGCGAGGCCAGCGGCGGCGAGACCGCCUUCAGGAUCGGCCUUGGCCUCGGCGGAGAUUCCGAGUGAGUGGGGCCUCGGCCGCGGACGCCUCCCUGACCCCUCGCCGUCGCGUUGGCGCUGCAUCGCCUCGAGCGACGGUGGGGGGAGGGGGCUGCUGCCCGACGAGGAUCUCGACGCCUUCGUGCUCGCGUCGGGGUUCGGCAUGGCGAUGAAGGGGGGCCGCACGAUGUUGGUGCGGGCUCUCCCUCCUGACGGUGGCGACGAGCUCGACGCGCGCGUGCUCGCGCUGCGGGCCAACGCCACGGAGCGUUUCCUCGGGAUGCGUGAGGCCGUGGCGGAGCUCACCGAGACGCACUGGGACUUCUUCCCGAUCAGUGGGCCCCGCACCGUGAAGUGGGUGUGUGAGUUCGUGCGAGAGAAUGACGUGACAUUCAGAUCUCGGCACGCCAAGUUCAAGGCCGAGACGGGGCUGUCAUCCUCGGACCAGGACGUCUCCGUCCACGAGCUCUGCUGCCGCAUCAUGCACCUGCUGCUGACGUACGAUCAGCUCAAUGGCAGCGAGCUGUCGUGUGCGGAGCUGGUGUGCCGCCGACUCCAGAUGGCCGAGUACCGCCAUCGCGAGAGGAUUCUCACGACGUCCCGAGGUGACGAGCUGCUCGAGGACUCGCACCUGUACCUCGGGACGGGCGAGACCCGCGGGCUGGUCUGCAUCUCGCCGAAGCUGCUCGCGUUCGUGACGGACGAGCUCCACAAGGAGAGCCUCGUCCUCAAGGAGCGGCGGAAGCUGAAGGAGGAGCGGAUGGCCUCGCGGGGGGACGACGCACACGGUGGUGGCGGCGGCGGUGACGGGCGGGCGCGUCUCUCAGGGAUGCAGAGCACCGUCGAUCGGCAGAAGUCGGAGAUCGAGAAGUUGAAGAAGCAGUUGGCGGGUGGACCCAAGUCGGACCCUAAGGGAAAGGGCCGUGGAGGUGCCGCCGCUGGCGGGGAGGGGGGCUGA